AUGCACGCGGCGGACUUUGCCUUGUGCGCGCUGCUGUCGGCCAUCAUCUUGGUGUCGCUGCUGUCCAACCUGGCGGUGCUGAUCUGCUUCCUCUACAACCCGGAGAUCCGCAAGCAAGUCCCGGCUCUUUUCAUCCUCAACCUGAGCUUGUGCAACCUGCUGCAGUGCGUGUGCAACAUGCCGCUCACCCUGGCGGCGGCGGCGGCGGCGGGGCACCACCGCAACCCCGGCGGAGGAGGCGCGUUGUGUCAGAUUGUCGGCUUCCUGGACACUUUCCUCACCGCCAACUCCAUGCUGACCAUGGCGGCGCUCAGCAUCGACCGGUGGGUGGCGGUGGUCUUCCCGCUCAGCUACCACUCCAGGGUGCGGCACCGGGACGCGGUGGUGGCGCUGGGCUACACCUGGGCGCACUCGCUGUGUUUCUCCACCGCCGCCUCCUGCCGCUCCUGGGUGGGCUACCACCCGCUUUACGCGUCGUGCACCCUGCGGGGCGUCCGCGCCAAGGCGGGCGGGCUGCACUUUGCCGUCUUCACCGUGGCCCUGCACACCCUCACCUUCCUGCUGGCCCUGCUGGCCAUGUGCGGGACCUACCUGAAGGUGCUGCAGGUGGCCAGGUUCCACUGCAGGCGCAUCGACGUCAUCACCAUGCAGACCUUGCUGCUGCUGGUGGACAUCCACCCCAGCGUGCGGCAGAAGUGUUUGGACGAACAGAAGCGAAGGAGACAGAGGGCCACCAACAAGAUCAGCACCUUCAUCGGCACCUUCGUGGUGUGCUUCACCCCCUACGUCAUCACCAGAAUCGUGGAGCUCUUCUCCCCGGAGCCCAUCAACCCUCACUGGGGGGUGCUGUCCAAAUGUUUGGUCUACGGCAAAGCCGCCAGCGACCCCUUCGUCUACUCGCUGCUGCGGCAUCAGUACAAGAAGACCUGCAGUCUCCUGGCCCAUAAAGUUCUCCGCAGGAGUCAGCGGGACUCGUUCUCUCCCGGAGCGGAGGGGAACGCCGGGAGAAAUGACGCCCGGCAGGCCGUCGACGCUGCAGAGGGCGUCCAAGCAUCCGGCAACAAGCCAUCUGUUGUCCAUUCCUUGGACUUUACUUCUAGUACCUGGUUAGUCAACGUUCCAGGAGUAGAUAUCACAACCCUGUGCUGGUGGAGCAGUGGAGACACCACAGUCACAACUUGGCUGUACCGCCCUGUUUUCUGCCCCGGGAAAAGUAGUCUCCUCACUGAGAAAGAACUAAGCACCAGCACAGGGUUUGCAAUGGAGAUGGACUAA